AUGUGGCAAGUUAUUCUGGGAGCAGCCAUUGCUGGAUCCACUGGCUUUGUAGCCAAACGCUUCUUAAACCCUUUCUCACGAGAUUCUCGUCUUCUUGAGGAUUACCCUGAAGAGAAGGAGCCUAUCACUCCUCCUGUUGGUAUUGGAUUUCUCGAUUUACCUGGCGACAAAACCGAUGGCGUUUUCCGGUUUUCUAGUUCCGGGUCUACUGUAAACUCAGGGUCCGGAUCCGGGUCGUCUCCUGGGUUUAGGACGAGCUCGGGAGUGAAAUGUAAGGUUAGGGUUCGUGGAUUGAUGAAUAAGAAGAAGGAAAGGAAUGGUGAGGGGUAUGAGAUCGAGAAGCGAUCUGGAAAUGUCUGUGCUGUUAAAACGAAGAGUGAUGUUUGUUUGAAAAAGCCGAGAACUUUGGGUUCUGCUUCUUCUUCAAAACGUGGGUUAUGUUAUGAUAAUCAAGAUAAUUCCUCUUUUAGCUCGGUGCUUGGUGUAUGCAUGAUGUAUAUGAUGUCUGCAGAGAAAAGUGAAAUCACUAAGCUGCAUGCAGCAACAGAAGAAACUGCCAAAGUCAUCCAGGAGCUCAAAGAUGAACUUUCUAGGAUAAAAACUUUACAAGGUUUCAAAAUUCGUGGUCGUGCAGCAAGUUCUGAGAAAUCCAGUGGGAAAUCAGUUCAGAUAGAUCUCAGUAGAUCAGAGAUGGCGAGUCGAGAAUCUCUUGACAAUAAGUCGGGAAAUAACGGAGAAUAUGCUAGCAGUGUCCUAACUGAGGAGCCAGAACAAGAGGCGGUAGAAAUGGAACAGUUAGAGAUGGAACUUGAGUCUGAGCUGCAGAAACUGAAUUUGGCUGAGACAAGUGAAGUUAUGAAAGAAUGUAAGGAUUUGGUGAAUGUAUCUGAGUCAUACCAAUGUGGUGGAAUAUCGGCAUCAGAGCUGGACAAGAAACUAAGCCACCUACUCAUCGAACAACAGGAAGGCCAGAUCAAUGAGCUUGAAGCUGAACUGCAAACCACACAGUCCAAACUGCAAGAAAAGGAAGCCGAGCUCCAAGCGCUUAAGGUCUGCGUUAGACGCCUGACUGAGUUUCCUCUGUUGGACCGAUCAGAUGAUGAACAUGAACAAAACCUGAACCAGGAUCUCUCAGUCUCAUGGAGUCAGCAUAACCAAACUGAUAACGAGGCAAGAAAGCCGGCCAUUGGGAUGAAAAGACCUAUGGAGUCAUCUACUAUCCAUGUUUAA